AUGCUUCAUUCAUAUAUUAAUGAACAUCCAAAAGUUAGAGUACAAGACAACAGACUAGUCGCAUCUGAAUACAUCAAAUCUGGUUCAACCAUACUUGUUCAACCACCAUUGGCAUCCGUCCCAUUACCAGCCAAACGCCAUCAGAGAUGUAACUACUGUCUAAGAAAGGCACAGUUGCAAUGCUGCUCUCGCUGCAGAUCAGCAUAUUUCUGUAGCAACGAAUGCUUUCGAAACGCUUGGCUUCAUUUUCACCGAGUCUUGUGCGAGCCUCAAGUAACAGACAUUUACAAAGAUGUGGACGCAGAUCGAUGGCUAUUGGAGAGAGCUGCCUUGACGCUCCAUAGUCACGAUCGUCUGAAUAAGCAACAUUCGCACUCUCCGUCCCACUUACCAUUCGCUAUCCACGCUCUACAGUUACACACACCCAACUACCAAGGUACACAGCAACACAACAACACCGUGGAGGAUGUAGCAAAGUUCUUGGAGCCGUUCGAUUGCCAGAUAUCACAACAAGAUCUCGAUACACUUUGGUAUAGAAUCAAGCUGUGCUCGUUUCCUAUUGUGGAUCCCGAGCACCACAUGGAUCAGGUAGCUGUCGGUGUGUACCCCAUCACAUCCUUGUUUGUUGGUCACUCGUGCCGACCCAAUGCCGCUGUUCUCUACAAGCAAGGCACACAAUCUCUCUUGACGUUGGACGACAUCUUGCCUGGAGAACCUAUCACCAUCGCUUAUGUGGACAUUGUCAGCACAAAGACACAAAGAACUCAAGCGUUGAAAGAAAAGUUUGGACAGGAGUAUGCAUGUCAUUGCACACGAUGUGAGGGGGAUUUGGCUAUCGUGGAUGUGGCUUUGGAUAAAGGCGAAUCGCUUAAACUCACAGAGCAAGAUGGGUUGGAGUUGAUGAGCAAACAUAUCAGAUCAUGGUCAGUGCUUGACAUGGUAAAACACGCCGAGACAAAAGAGAAAGACAGUUGGUCACCUAUCCAAGUUCUGGAGCCACCAGAAUUUACUCAUUUUGUGAGUCGAAUCGCUGCACCCGAUAUUUACUUUGCUUCGAUUGAUGACAGAAAACGCCACACAGACAACAUGUACAAAGUGUACAUGAAGGAGGACAGAGCACAUCUACUGCAACGUAUUCCCACUGCUAUGGCUGCUUUGUUGAAUGUCCCAGAGGUGCCUGCCUUCACAUUAGCCUCUAUUCAUGCGGCCGAAAAGCUGCUCGCACAACGUAUAUCCGAAGGCAAAUGGGUCGAAACGUCUCGAUGUGCCUUGUAUCUAUUUGUCAUUUACCGCCUGAUGUACCCUCCCCUUCACCCAAAUCUCGCUUAUCACACACUCAUCUUGGCAAGGUCUGGAUGGAAUGCUCUGGUUGAGAUGGAGUUGAUUGGUGUCGAAAAGAAGCUGGAGCGAAUUUACGCUAAUGGCACUAGAGCAUGGAUCGAACUGGCUAGAAAUGCCAUUGAUGUCACCUUUGGAAGAGAGUCAAGUCUAUGGAGAGAUGUCAUUGAGCUCCAAUGGGUCUAUGAACGUGAGCGUAAAGUGAAAGGUACAGUAUAA